AUGUUGUCACAUCAAGUAUGGCGUGCUAUUGGAUGGCGAUCAGUAAAAAAUACCGACUAUGACGGCGCUGUUCUUGUCGGUGGUUUGGAGAACGAACUUCGACAUUUCGGGGAUCCUGAUGAAGAGCAUGAUUUCUGGGGUGAUCGUCCACCAAUUAAACCUUGUCCGUAUACCCAUGAAGGCGCAAGAGCUAUUGCAGCAGAGAAGAAAAAGGAAAAGCAAAGAAAGUUAAAGGCAGCUCGCGCUUCAGCCUUAGGGAUCUCGAAAUACGAAAACAAUAUGAGCGAUGUGAAUGGUGACGAGGCUUUUUAUGGGAACGAUGAUGAAGAAGAUGAAUCGGAGAAAGACGGCUGCACAGUCGAGGGAGAUGGGGAUCCACUUGAGUUUCAUGAUGAUUGGUUUGGAGUAGAUCUACCAGAAGAAAACACCGAACUCGAAGUGGAAUUUAAAGGUUGUCCGAGGUGUGCUGGACUGUCUAAGGAAAAAAUCGCUAACGAUAGUGAAGAGACUCAAAACUGCGCACAAAAUGACAACGAAAUGGUGAUGAUUACAAACAAAGACUCGGACAUCCGCACAUACCAUGAAGAUGAGAAGAGCAAUUUGGAUCAUGGAGAAGGCUUCGUCUUGAUGUUUGAUGAGGACUUCGAUACAAUAAGCGAUGCCGAGGAAGUUAAGGACAUAAUCACGCCGAUUGAACCAUCUAAAAGCCCUUGCUCCUGUGCAUCCGACUUUACCUUCAUCGAGAUCAAUAAAACAAAUACCAUUAAUGGCACGAAUGGAGUUGAAAAGACACCCUGUCCAGCUCGGGCAGUUAUCGCAGCUCAGCCGGGGCUCUGGCGAGCAAUGACUGCCUGCAAGCCAUUUGAACGAGCUUGGCUAUAUACUCCUCAAUUCGAGUAUUUUCCAGGGUUAAAGAUUAGAUUAGAUUAUUUAUUAGUAGCCAGCAUUAGUAACCUUAAAGUGCUGGUUUAUUAA